GCGCUCCAGAAAGUUCCCUGGGAGUUCCGCGCGACGCGGCGCGGGAAGCGGCGGGCGGGACCAUGAAUGUGUUCCGAAUCCUCGGCGACCUGAGCCACCUCCUGGCCAUGGUCUUGCUCCUGGGGAAGAUCUGGAGGUCCAAGAGCUGCGCCGGCAUCUCUGGGAAGAGCCAGAUUCUUUUUGCUCUGGUCUUCACCACCAGGUACCUGGACCUCGUCUACAAUUUCAUCUCCAUCUACAACACAGUGAUGAAGGUGGUCUUCCUUCUCUGCGCCUACAUCACGGUGUACAUGAUCUACUGGAAGUUCCGGAAAACAUUUGACAGUGAGAACGACACAUUCCGACUGGAGUUCCUCCUGGUCCCCGUGAUUGGCCUUUCCUUUCUGGUCAACUACAGUUACGCACCAACGGAGGUCCUCUGGACUUUCUCCAUCUAUUUGGAGUCGGUGGCCAUCCUGCCACAGCUCUUCAUGAUCAGCAAGACUGGAGAGGCUGAGACCAUCACCACUCACUACCUGUUCUUCCUGGGGCUGUAUCGGGCACUCUAUCUAGCCAACUGGAUCUGGCGGUACCAGACAGAGAAUUUCUAUGAUCAGAUCUCAGUGGUGUCUGGAGUAGUACAAACGAUCUUUUACUGUGACUUCUUCUACUUGUAUGUGACCAAAGUCCUCAAAGGAAAGAAGCUAAGCCUACCAAUGCCAGUUUGAAGAGAUGGGCCACACUGUAAGGCACCCAGAGCAAAUCACUUGGAUUGAUCUCCUUGGUGACUUACAUGGCUGGUGUGAAUUGGAGCAAAGCCCUGGCAGACCUUCCUCUUACCAUCAGCAGCAGGACUACUUACAUACCAUCAAUGCCUGGUCCAACUGCCCGAGUGUGAGGCCUUACAAUGGGCAAGUGAAAAUAAGGAGCCACAAGAUACUUCCUCCAUGAAUGACCAACAGUUGCUCCUUUGACUACAGUGGAGGGCUCAUGCCACGGAACUCGUAGACACAUUCACAAAGAUCCUUCCUAGGUCAGUGUGGAACUGAAGACCCUGGAUGUGUGUAUGAUAUCACACAACCCACUCCCACACUACAUCUUAGACUCAGUUGCCAGCCUAGGUGUCCACCAUGGUCAUCUCACUGUGUGACUCAUUCCUGUGCCAAGACCCAUCAUCAACCCCACUUUCCCCUCCCAGUUUGAGGUGCUAACUAGGAUAAUUAGUCAUUCAACUAUCAAUAUUUGUUGUCUGGAGCAAAAUGUUAAGAUUACACUCAACUCUUGGAAAGGUUUGAAUGUAAUAAAAAUUCACACCUUUAUUGUCAAUUGUUUUUAUUUAUACCUACAAAAGAAAACAAGAUGGUAUCAAAAGGACAAUUUACAAACUAAGAAUAGUAGUAACAGCUCUUAGCAUCAUCCUGUGCCUUAACAUCACACCUACAAUUCAAGUCUCAAUGACAGGAAUGUGUGGAGAGAUCAGCAAAGGCAUUAGCAGAGCACUGAUCCCAAGCAAAAGCCACCAACCUUUUAGAUGAGAAGUCUGCACAUGAAUUGUUUGGGAGGGGUAGGGGAAGCAGCCCACAGCUUAAUACCGAAGCCCUUUCCCUAAGUGAGUUAACCACCAGGGCAAUCAACCCAGCUCCAAGGGUUUGCCUAGUCUGUCCUGAGAACUCAAAAGGACAGACAAGGAGGCAGAAGUCAUUUGCACUAAAUAGGAAAACUGCUAGUUUUCUGCUGUACCCAGGCCAAAAGAGCUCAUGAACUAGGAAACCAGAUGUUAAUUUCAUCUGGAGUAUGCUUCUGAUGGGGAGGAGAGGUGCCACUGCUUCAUCCCCAGAGGUGUUAACAGAAGAGGCGUUUUGAAGAGCUACAGUACCACAGGAUAGCCCAUGGUAUAAUGCUUAAUAAAUACAUCUGAAUUUGGUUGUAGAAAGAGUUAUCUGUAACAGGCUGGUCAGUGUCCUUGGUUAGACACUGCUUCCUUUUAGCAGGGUGAGAGACAGACACACACUUUGGUUCCAAAGCACAGAGGAGGGUUGCUACACAUCUGUGCCCACCAUUCUCCCUUAGCUUAACAUUCUGUAAAUAGUAAGGAAAACAAAAGGAUGCCAAGCGUUCAUAUGCGUAUAGCCAACAUAUGCUGACAACCUACCUGUUAUGUCGCACACUGAAUCCUACUUUCAGAGCCCUCAAAACCACCCCUUUCCUCUUCCUGAAGGACACCUCAAGAGUAUUGUUGAGACUGUUAGAAAGCAGCAGGGUACUCUUGAGGGCACAGCCAAGGAAUGCAGUGGGGCCUCCUCCCUUUAACUGUUCUGUGAAUGAACCGCCCACCCACCACUGAUCUACCACGGGCACUGGGGCCAUCUCCUGUCGUCCUAUCCUCUUAGGUGACACAAGAGCAGAAUAUUCUUUCAGAUGCAUCUGUUGCUCUUGGGAGUUUCAGUAAGAAAACACUGAACAAAUGGACGAGGAGACAAACGCACCCACCUUCACACUGGAGAGUAAGGUGGGGUGGGCUCUAGUCCUCCAGAGUGCCUCCUAAAGCACUACCUACCUUGGAAAAGCUGAGUGCAAAGGGACUCCGAGGAUGAGUGCCUCCAGCUGCUACAAAGUACCACAGAACAGGCUGUGGAGACUAGCUCUCCACGUGCAGAGCAGCCCAUGAGUCAUUCUUACUUUAAAAAUACUGAGUUUAAGAGGAAGAUCUGCCUGUUUGGAUUCCAUCAUUUCUAAAGGCGCUCUCUACACCGUAGACUCAGCCGCUCAGGAAGCUUCUGCUAAGCACUGAUGCUUACGGCUCAUGAUGGCUAUCUGGCUAGAAACUGACUUGCAGAUGUUCCCUGGUUAUAUGGGGGGGGGGGGGCGGCGGGCGGCAGGCCAGGCAGCCUCUACCCAGAUGCCAGUCUACCCAGCAAAAACAAUGUCUUGUACUUUUUAAAUUAAAAAAAAAAAAAAAAAAAAAAUUGCUUGAACUCAAGAAAUUUAAUUUCUAA